AUGAGUGUUCUUCAAAAUUCAGAAACAGACAACACGCAACCCAAUCCAUCCCUGGAUUUGACGGAAGAAGAAGCUACUCGAUAUGAUAGGCAAAUGAGGCUUUGGGGUAUCGAAGCUCAGCAAAGAAUGAGAAAUGCCACCAUCUUGGUGUUAAACCUUCGAGGUGUAACCACAGAAGCUAUCAAAAAUAUGGUUCUGGCAGGCAUUGGGAAACUGAUAAUAGUAGAUGGAGAAAAUGUCAGCGAAGAGGACCUUGGUGCUGGUUUCUUCUUCAGAGAUGGAGACGUGGGUCUCAAUAGACUCGACGUUGCCAAAUCUAGGAUUGAAAGUCUUAACCCCCUUGUGACCGUGGAGAUUGUAACAGACAAAGCAUUUGCGGAAGGCGAACGUCUUGAGUCCCUUGUAAAAGAUGUUGACCUUGUGUGCGUAGCUGAUUGGGAUAGAGAUAAUCUUAUCAAAUUGAAUGAACUCUGUCGAAAGCAUUCAAAACCUUUCUACGCUGGUGGCACUUAUGGGCUAAAUGGCUAUAUAUUUUGCGACCUUCUCAGUCAUGAUUACUUGGCUCCGGAUCGUUCUGCUCCAAAGGAGCAACCAAGAAGUGUGAAGGCGACUACUGUUUAUACCCCACUUUCUUCGGCCAUUGGCUACCGAUGGAGCGGCCUUAGUAAACGACAGACAAAAGAAGUGAAUCCAGCUCUUUUUUUCGCGAUACUCGCUAUUUGGCAAUUUCAGGCUGUGCAUGGCCAUUUGCCCACAGAAAUCAACCAAACAGAAGAACUGGAGGCUCUUGCCAAUAAAUUUAUUUCCGAAGCGGAUGUGAACAAGCAGAUUCUUCCAACCGAACCUCGGAGCGUUAUCGAAUCAUUGUCAAUAACUGCAAGCCACGAAUUCUCUCCUGUGUGUGCGAUAGUUGGUGGGGUUCUGGCUCAGGAUAUUUUAAAGGCACUCGGAGGGCGUGACCCCCCUAUCGCCAAUUUCUUUUUAUUCGAUGGCAGCACUGGAGGCGGCACGGUUUGUCGGUUAAAUAUCCCUUGA